GCCUCUCUUGCUUUCCUCUUUUCUCUCUGUGUGCCAGAGCUUGUCUCUCUGGUGUCUCCUUCUCUCCUGGAUAACGCAGUGGGUUGGCCUGCAGGUACAAAAGGUGCAGGCAGCUGCCCUCCUGGCCCUGUCCUGCCCUGCCUGGAGGGAUACCAUUCUGAGGUGAUGGCUGGAGGAAAUGAGCGGAGCAUGAAGGCCCUGAAGGAAGUGUGGAAAAGAGCAGAGAACUCUUUGUGUGCGGACUGCGGGAAGCCAGAUCCUGACUGGGCAUCCUCUACUUUGGGUGUCUUUAUAUGCCUCAGCUGUUCAGGAAUUCACCGUAACAUCCCUAGCAUCAGCAAAGUCAAAUCCCUGAAGAUGGACUACUGGGAUGAUGCUCAGGUGCAGUUUCUGGCCAAGCAUGGGAAUACUGUGACUAAAGCCAUAUAUGAAGCUCACAUCCCUAUUUACUAUUACCAGCCAACCUACAAUGACUGCCAAGUGCUGAGAGAACAGUGGAUACGGGCCAAAUAUGAACGCAAAGAAUUUACUGAGCCAGGAAAACAGCUGCCAUAUUCUGAUGGGGUGAAGGAAGGCAUCCUUUGGAAGCGAGGUCGGGACAACGGGCAGUUCCUACCCCGCAAGUUCCUCUUGUCUGAGAGAGAGGGAUGUCUGAAGUAUUUCACCAAGCAGGAUGCCAAAGAACCCAAAAUCAAUGUUAAAAUAGAUGUCAUCAAUGCUACAUUCCAGCCAGAGAAGAUUGGGAACCCCAAUGGCCUGCAGAUCACCUAUCUCAAAGACAAUAAGACCAGGAAUAUAUUUGUCUACCACGAAAGUGGAAAGGAGGUAGUGGACUGGUUCAAUGCCAUCCGCUCUGUGCAGUUCCAUUACCUGAAGGUAGCAUUUCCCAUUGCCAGCGACAAUGAGAUUAAAAAUCGUUUGACAAGAAACUUCUUGAAGGAGGGGUACAUGGAGAAGACUGGUCCCAAGCAGAGAGAGGCUUUUAAGAAGCGCUGGUUCACGCUGGAUCACCGCAGGCUCAUGUACUUCAAGGAUCCUUUGGAUGCAUUUGCUAAGGGUGAGGUAUUUGUGGGCAGUGGAGAGAAUGGAUACAGUGUCCAGAAGGGAUUGCCUUCAGGGACACAGGGCAACUUCUCUUGGCACUACGGCAUCACCAUUGUCACCCCUGACCGGGAAUACCUCUUCACCUGCGAGACAGAGACUGACCAGCUGGAGUGGAUCAGAGCCUUCACUAGUGUCAUCAACCAGGCCAUGACACCACAGGAAUAUGCAAUUGAAGCCUACUUCAAGUUUAAAUCCUAGGAAGCCAUGCAGGAAUCUCACUAUGACUCAACUCUACCUGGUCCUAUUGGGUGGCUGUCAGGACAGGAGAGGAGAUUGACAUCAGAGAACACAGUGCUCUUGGAGCACCCUUUGAAGCACUUUUGCCCCCACAGAAUAUCCACUUUGUUUUGAGGGCCUGAUGAAGCUGCUUCUUUUCAAGUGCAAGAUUUUGUGCAUCUGAAUCCUCAGUACAACCUGUCCCUGUUAAAUUGCUGUCAUCUGACUGAAUGCUGACAGGUCUUGCCUGUCAGUCGGGCCUUGAAAACUUUGGCAUGUUGGAUGUGAGACCCAGCAUCACUCCUGCAUGAAACUGCAGACAGCCACCCACCUGAAGCAAGAAAACAGCUGCCUGGCUGGAGCCAGGCACCACAGCGGGUUACAGGGGCUGCUGGACUAAAAAAAACUGUUCCUUUACAAGAAAUAUCAUACCUGCUGGUGACAGAGAUUUGAAACAUCUAGAUAUUUGAUCAGUCAGUUAGAGAAAGGUUAUGUAAAAGAUGUAACCUAACAGCCAAAUGUGAGCCUCGUUUCCUUCUGCCAUGUAUGGGCUUGAAAGCUUCUUCAGAUGACAUUUGUGUGCAGACCUUCCACCAAAUGCUUCAGAGAAGGUCAGUAGAUCAUCUCAAAAAUAAUGUGGAUAUACAUUUGGGUAUGUGGAUAAUGUGUGCAUGCACACCCAUAACAAAAAGUGAUGGAGGCGGAAUACUGCCCUAGGGAAGAUACUGUGAGGGAUAGUCAUGCCUCUGAAGAUCAGCUGCCAAACUUGAGUCUCUAUCAGACCAAUGGAGCACAGAGUCCUCUCAAUGGAGAGGGAUUGGGUCUUGCAGAGAGGAGCUGAUAACGUGCAUAGAGUUCAGAGUCUGCUGUCUCUACUAGAGCCUAGGGUUGAUGCUGGAUAUAGUAAUAUAUGGAUCUCUGCUCCCUCACUGUCUGUAUGUCAAAGGCCUGGCACUUUCAUUCUGGCCUGCACAUUGCAUAUGUUUAUCUUGUAUAUCACACAUACAUAUCUGUAUGUUCUUGUUGUAUUAGUGAGUUAGCCUAAAACACUAAAUCAACCCAUGAUUCAUGUCUUAAAGCUCAUCUCUUGAAGCUCUCUUGGGAGAGCUGUGCUUCACGUGCUGGAAGGAGUAGCUGAGUUCUGCUAGUGACUGUAGUAUCUGAUGUGUUUGCAGUUUUACGCAGGCCGUGUGAGAGAAGGUAUCUCAUGUGUUAAGGGGAGCUAUCUGGAAUUAAUGGGACAACCAGUAUUUUAAUUAGCUGUUAAAGAAAUAAUUUAAAAAUACCUCUGUAAGUUAUUUUAACUUCCUAAAUUAGCUGACAUGUUAACUGCUGAGGUAUGAGGUUGUUUCUUGGAAAAAAAAGUA